GUUUGUUCGCCGAGCAUCGUUAGCGUGUCUGGAUGUUGCAGCAGAGAAAUCCUUUAAAAGUUUUCAAAGCUAACUUUUUUUUAUCCAUCUUUGGCUUUGGAUGUUUUAAAAUGUCCGGUUUUCUGGAUCUUUCAGAUGUCCAGCAGCUGGUGGUGACAAAAGAACAGGUUCUCCCUGAGCACCAGGAGAGGAGCUCCAGUUUGAACCAAAAGGAGCCAGCAGAACCGGUACACAUUAAAGAGGAACAGGAGGAACUGUGGAUCAGUCAGGAGAGAGAGCAGCUCCAAGGAGCAGAGGAGACAGAUAUCAAUGUUUUCACUGUGAAGAGUGAAGAAGAUGAAGAGAAACCUCAGACCUCACAGCUUGAUGAGAACCAAAGAGAAGAGAACAGAGAUGCAGAGGAUUUGAAAACAGAAUCUGAUGGAGAGGACUGUGGAGGAUCAGAGGCAGACAGAGACUUUCAUUCAGACAGUCUUUCACAACCAGUUUUUCCUGAAGAAGUUCAAAUUUCUUCGGUGAACAAAGAAGAAAUUUCAGCUGAGCAGCAGGAGAGGUGCUCCAGUCUAAACCAAGAGAUUGUCAUCAAAGAAGAACCAGAGGACCUGUGGAGCCGUCAAAAGGGAGAUCAGCUUCAAGGACCAGAGGAGGCUGGUAUUAUCAUGUUCAAUUUCAUUCCUGUCCAUGUGAAGAGUGAAGAUGAUGAAGUGAAACCUCAGGUCUCACAGCUUCAUCAUGGACAGUCUGAACAGAUGGAAACAGGAGCUGAAGGAGAGAGCAUUGAAAGAGCAGGAGCAACUAGGUACUUUGACCUAGAGACAGAUUUACAACCCAAGACUGAGAUCAAGACUGAAGACUCUUCUGAAGCCGAGACUGAUGACAGUGCUGAUUGGAGGGAGACCAUAGAACACCAGUCAAGUUUCAAUGUUUUUGAAAACAGCAAAAAUGAAAGAAGAGAGACUGAUAAGAAAUCUCAAAGCUGCACUGAGUGUGGUAAGACAUUAAGCAGAAAAUGGAAGCUCAUAGAGCAUAUGAGAAUUCACACCGGUGAGAAACCCUUCAGCUGCUCUGAGUGUGGUAAAACAUUUCGUCUUAAAGGGCAUCUGACAAGACAUAUGACAACACACACAGGACAGAAACCCUUCAGCUGCUCUGAGUGUGGCAAAAGAUUUAACAUUAAAAGUAAUCUUAAAAUGCAUAUGAGCAUUCACUCAGGAGAAAAACCCUUCGUCUGCGCUGUAUGUGGUAAAACAUUUACCAAUAACUGCUAUCUUAAAGUGCAUAUGAGAGUUCACUCAGGAGAGAAACCCUUCAGCUGCCCUGAGUGUGAUCAGAAAUUUAGAGAGAAAAAAAAUUUGACUGUACACAUGAGAAUUCACAAAGAGAAACCCUUCACCUGCUCUGAGUGUGGAAAAAGAUUCGGUCUUCAAAGUAAUUUAAAUCAACAUAUGAGAGGUCACAUGGUAGAAAAACCCUCCAGCAGCUUUUAUGCAUUAAAAGAUUAAAUGACAUGCCAAAAGCAGACCAAAGUGCAAGCAGGAGAACUGCUCAGAUUGACUAGAGAUAAGCGAUUUGCCCUGCAGUUUACUGCUGAUAGCUGCUCAGACAGAGAGUGUGGAAUUUCAGGGUUAGAAACAUUCAUGUCAUUUAUCAUGAACUGAUAAAUAUGUAUAAUCAGGAAGUGAGCAGCAUUGUAGAGCAUCACCACUCAGCAUCAGUAAGCUGUGACACCAGUUCUGUACAUCUCACAAAAUUAAUUGUAAAAUUCUGACAUG